AUCCGUGGUGAGCGGAACUGGGAGGCUGGAGUUGAUACCAAGGUAGGGCGCCUGCUCACUCCCAGCAGUAGAAGGAACAAGCAAAGGAGGGGAAAUUAACGCCCACCCUGAGCAAGAGGGAUGGCGGACUGCGCAGCGCCGCCGCAGCAGUUGGUACAAGUGUCAGAAAGUGAAAGGUUUACAAAAUUAAAGGAAGCCUUUAUUUCAAAAUAUGGCAUGCCACCUGCAUUUUAUGCACGAGCUCCUGGUCGAGUCAACUUAAUUGGUGAACACAUUGAUUACUGUGGCUAUGCUGUGCUUCCAAUGGCUUUAGAACAAGAUAUCUUGGCAGCUGUCACCCCUACACAAACAAAUAUCAUUCAGCUGGCAAACACUAACCCUCUGUACCUGGAUUAUAACGUUCAUAUAAAUAACAUCCACAUUGAUAAGACUAAACCUCUUUGGCAAUACUACUUUCUUUGUGGAUUUAAAGGAAUUCAGGAACAUUUCAACCUUCCAGUGUCUACUGGAAUCAACUGUAUGAUUGAUGGCACAAUCCCAGCCAGCUCGGGACUUUCCAGCUCCAGUGCACUGGUUUGUUGUGCAGGUCUCAUCACCAUGAUAGCAAAUGGAAAGGUUCUGUCAAAGAUGGAACUUGCAGAAAUUUGUGCAAGAUGUGAGCACUACAUUGGAACUGAAGGUGGGGGUAUGGACCAAUCUAUUUCAUUCUUGGCAGAAAAGGGAAUGGCCAAGUUGAUUGAAUUCAACCCACUCCGUGCCACCAAUGUUAAGGUUCCAAAUGGAGCUGUUUUCGUGAUUGCAAACAGUUGCAAAGAAAUGAAUAAAGCUGCAACAGCUCAUUUUAAUAUCAGAGUUAUGGAGUGUCGCAUUGCUGCAAAGGUUCUAGCAAAAGCAAAAGGCCUUGAGUGGGAGAAACUUUUAAAAUUGGGAGACUUACAGCAGGAGCUUGGGAUUGAUCUGGAGACAAUGCUUUCAAUUGUGGAACAAGUGUUGCAUCCUGAACCUUACAGCAGGAUGGAAGUAUGCCAGUGCCUUGGGAUCAGCCAAAAGGAACUAUCCAACAUUCUUAGUCAGAAUACACAGGAUGUGGCAUCAUUUAAACUUUAUCAGCGUGCUAAGCAUGUUUACAGUGAAGCUCGGCGUGUCCUAGAGUUCAAGAGAGUUUGUGAUGAGACACCUGCAAAUGCGUUGCAACUGCUGGGAGACCUGAUGAAUCAGAGCCAUAUCAGCUGCAGGGAUAUGUAUGAAUGCAGCUGUCCAGAACUUGAUCAACUGGUGGACAUCUGUUUACAGUCUGGUGCCAUUGCCUCACGGCUGACUGGAGCAGGAUGGGGAGGCUGCACAGUGUCAUUGGUGCCCACUAACAAGUUGGAUGGCUUUCUGGUCAAGGUGCAAGAAGUCUAUUACAAAGUGAAUGGUCAAAGAACAGCUAAGCACACACAAGCUCUGUUUGCUACCCAGCCUGGAGGAGGAGCUGCAGUUUUUCAUGAGGUUUAAAUAAAGUCCCAGGAUGAGUAGAUGAGGUUCUCCCCUUUUUGUUUAUUAGGAUCAUUUAUUCAAAGAAAAAAAAUCAUUCUUGCAAGGAAAUAGAACUGAUCACAAUCUAAAUUUUUUUUCAGUCACCCUUUAAUUUGUCAUCAUACCAUUCCAGAAAAUGCUGUUUUUUGCAGCAAGAUAAUUAUUGGAACUUUUAGUGGUUUACUAGAGGCUAUAACAGAUUGUAUCUAAUGGUAAUUGAUGUGAGGAAGCUGCUCCAUACAGAUCAUUCCAGUAUCAGAAUCUCUUCAUGCUAGAGCAAAUUUGAUUUCCGCUGCUCAUCAGCUGUAUUCUAAUGACAAAGUAAAACAACCAUGAGAGGAAAGAAAUAUUGUUGUUCUUAAACAUAGGUAUACUGUGCCAGAUAUUUUUCUGAUCAAACAUUAGGACUAGAAUAUUUAGACAGCUUUCUGCCAACUUAAAAUGAAUUGGACAUGAAGAUAGGAAUCCAAGUCUCAUUUCAUCAAAAAAGUCUAUUAUCAAAUUUUGUUCAGUAGUUCUUGAAAUAUAAUACAUGCUAUUUUGGCUGCCUGGCCGUAAAAUUUGUAUACAGGGAGAAGUAAAAUAGAUAAGUUAUGAUGCAAGAUUAUUGUAGUUAUUAAAAAUCAGUACUUAUAGUUGGUUUCAUACCUACUGUAAAUCAAAGAUAACUUCUUCUGAAGACACUUGUACUGUAUGAUUCAUAAAAAUAAAUCAUUUUAUGUUUACAGAAUAGUUUUGGGAUGUGUUAGAUACAAAUAUAUUGUGGAUGUAGUGUAUUCUCUAUAUUAUAAUUGAAGCAUAAAAAUAAAUUUCAGUCCUAUAGCAAAAGCAUUAUAUAAAGAGAAUAUAUUGGUACAUUAAAUGAAUAUAAAUGUAAAAAACAUGAUCAUUGUUAACAGACAGAUAUCAGGCCUGUUGCAGCUUGCUUUUGCAGGUACUGUCUCAUCAGAAGUUUUUGAUUAAAGAUCAGAACAGAGGCAUUCUUUUAUUAUAAAUGGUGCUAGAUGUAUUCAUUACAUACAAUGAAUAAAUUAAUUCAUAAAUAGCAUCAAUGAAUGGAGAAGUUCAAUUAUAACUAUUAUUUAAUGCACACUUACUGAUUUGCUGGGGAUCAUCUUAUUUGCAUAUUCAAAUUUAUAUGCAUUUUUGGAGAGCUCUUUUUUCAACCUUACAUGAAAUAGAGAAACUGUUAUUUUUCUUGCCAUCAGAAGAAAUGUACAAGUUCUAUAAUAAAUUGAUAUUUA